UCCUUUCUUCUACUGUUGAAUAGUAGCUGAGAAGCAGAUUCCAUUCACGUGCCUAAUUUGUCAAUCCAUUUUCAUCCAAGUAUAUCCAAUUCAACAUAUUUGCAGGCUAUAAAUGAGUUGAAAGAUCUCCUUUUUCUUUUCAGGCAAGAAGAAAAUUAAGCAAAGAAAGAUCCAAGAACAAGAACACUAAUGGCUGACGAGUCAUGGAGGACGCCGGCGAUAGUGCAAGAGCUGGCGGCGGCCGGCGUCGAGGAGCCACCGAGUCGGUACGUGCUUGGGGAGAAAGACCGUUCUGACGAGCUGGUCGCCGCCGAGCUGCCGGAGCCCAUCCCCGUCGUUGAUCUCAGCCGGCUAGCCGGCGCCGACGAGGCUGCCAAGCUCAGGGCGGCUCUGCAGAAUUGGGGCUUCUUCCUGCUUACCAACCAUGGAGUAGAAACCUCUCUGAUGGAUGAUGUGUUGAACUUGGCAAGAGAGUUCUUCAACCAACCGAUCGAACGGAAGCGAAAAUUCAGCAACUUGAUCGACGGCAAGAACUUCCAGGUGGAAGGGUAUGGAACUGACCGGGUGGUAACCCAAGAUCAGAUCCUGGACUGGUCUGAUCGGCUGUUUCUCAGAGUUGAACCCAAGGAGGAGCGAAAUCUUGCCUUCUGGCCUGACCAUCCUGAAUCUUUCAGGGAUGUUCUGAACGAGUACGCAUCAAGAACCAAAAGAAUAAGAGACGAUAUCGUUCAGGCUAUGUCCAAGCUUCUUGGGCUUGAUGAGGAUUACUUCUUCGACCGACUCAACAAAGCUCCUGCACUUGCAAGAUUCAACUACUACCCUCCCUGUCCAAGGCCUGACCUUGUGUUCGGCGUCAGGCCUCACUCCGACGGCUCCCUCUUUACGAUUCUUCUCGUCGACGAAGAUGUCGGUGGCCUGCAAAUUCAGAGGGAUGGCAAGUGGUACAAUGUUCAGGUCACUCCCAACACAUUGCUGAUCAACUUAGGUGACACCAUGGAGGUAUUGUGCAAUGGCAUCUUCAGGAGCCCAGUGCACAGGGUGGUGACAAACGCCGAGAGGGAGAGGAUCUCACUGGCCAUGUUUUACAGUGUGAAUGAUGAGAAAGAUAUUGGGCCGGCGGCUGGUUUGCUGGAUGAGAAUCGGCCUGCAAGAUACAGGAAAGUGAGCGUCGGAGAGUUCAGGGCUGGGAUCAUUGGAAAAUUCUCUCGACGAGAGAGAUACAUCGACUCCCUGAAGAUCCAGCUACGGCUGCACGCAGCACGCUACAGCGAUUUUCAACUGCUGCAGCCACAGCAGCUGCAGCAAAACUGGCUGCCGAACAAGGCCAAUGGGCUCGGCAGACAAACAUUUGACAGUGAUACAACCAUGGCUGACGGCCACCACUGGAACAUUGUCAAGAUACCGCCGAUUGUGCAGGAGCUCGCCGCCGGCGUCCAUGAGCCGCCGAGCCAGUACAUGGUCGGCGAGAAAGACCGCCCUGCCAUCGCCGGCUCCGACAUGCCUGAGCCCAUCCCCGUCGUCGACCUCAGCCGGCUGUCUGCCUCCAAUGGUGAAGACAGCGCCGGCGAGCUUGCCAAGCUACGCUCCGCCUUAGAGGACUGGGGCCUCUUCCUGGGUGCAGGGUUAUUUGGUACUAUAAUGGAGGGGAGCAUUCUCAGUGAGAUGAUCAAUGUGACAAGAGGAUUCUACAAGCUCCCACUGGAAGAGAAGCAGAAGUACUCCAACCUGGUGAACGGCAAGGAUUUCAGGAUCGAAGGGUACGGCAACGACAUGGUCGUGUCAGAGAAACAGAUCCUGAACUGGUGCGACCGGUUCUACCACAUCGUUGAGCCUGAGUCCCGGAUAGCCCAUAGCCUCUGGCCAACACAGCCUCCUUCUUUCAGAGAUGUUCUGCAUGAGUACACUAUGAGGUGCAGGGAGAUCACCAGCCUUGUGCUCGCCAGAUUGGCCAGGCUGCUCGGCCUGCGAGAGGGCUACUUCGUCGACAUGUUCGACGAGGACGCCACGACGUACGCGAGGUUCAACUACUACCCUCGCUGCCUGAGGCCGGAGGAUGUGUUGGGCCUGAAGCCACACUCCGACGGCUCGGUGAUCACCGUCGUCUCCGUCGACGACACCGUCAGUGGGCUUCAGGUGCUGAGGCAAGGCGUCUGGUACGAUGUGCCCGUCGUCCCCAAUGCUCUGCUCAUCAACAUGGGGGAUGGAAUGGAGAUAAUGAGCAAUGGGUUGUUAAAGAGCCCGGUGCAUAGGGUGGUGACGAACGCCGAGAGGGAGCGAGUGUCGGUGGUGAUGUUCUACGCGCUGGAUCCGGAGAAGGAGCUGGAGCCGGCGCCGGAGCUGGUGGACGAUGAGAAGAGGCCGAGGCAGUAUGCCAAGAUGAAGAUCAAGGACUACUUAAGUGGCUUCUACGAGACUUUUGCAAGAGGGACACGAGUCAUCGACACUGUCAAGAUGUCAGAAUGAGAUUGUUGUCGUAACGGUGUUGGAUCGGUGGAAUAUAGCUUUCUAAUAACUAGAUGAAACCCCGAGCUUCGUUGCGGGCACAUUUGAGAACAUAUGUAAAUAUGCAUAUUAGUAUGAACAAUUAGAUUGUAUUGUUUGAACCUAAAAACAAAAUACAUACCGAGCAAGUUAAGCUGCUUCUCGCUAUGUCAGGACAGCUAUAUAGCAAUCCUUUGUAUCAUUCCUAAUUGUUCAAAUAAAUUAAAGUGAUAUGACAUAUAA